AUGAAGGCGGGGACUUCUGCGUGACGUAAAAGAAUUGCGGAAGCUUCCGCGUGACCUCUGCUGAGCGCAAGAGAGGCGGCAUCUUCGCAGUAAUGCAGGCUGCAAUGGAAAUAUCCCACAGGUACUGUAGCAGUGAGUUAGAGAGCUACGGCAGUUGCGUGUCUUCACAUCCAUCUUCAUGGCAGCAGGACUGCUAUCACUUGAAAGUCCAGGUGGCAAAGUGCACCUCUUCUCAUCCUGUUAUCCAAAAGAUCCGGACAGACUGCAGUCAACCCUUUUCUGCUUUUGAGCAGUGUCUUAAAGAGAACCAGAACUCCGUUGCCAACUGCUCAGAUCAUAUCAACAAGUUCUUGCUUUGUGCAGAGUCUGUCAAACUUCCAAGUUUAGGUAAAACGCUUGAAAAAAAUAAUAAUUUAAAUUACCCUUGAUCCUGCAUACACAACAAAAUCAAUGCAUGGUUAUUGGAACAUUUACUGGGCUAAGCAUUUUUCAAAGAUGUCUCCCUGAGGGCAGUCUCGGAGCAGAGACAUGCAGAUUUUAGAAAAUCAUUUUUUAAAUCCAGGCUCAGUGCAUACUGGCAAUGAUUACUUCUUUUAUAUAUGAGAUGUUGUGUGUAGGGAUCUCAAAAAUAUUUCCACCACAAUAUUUGUGUAGCUAGACUAUAACAGAGUAUUUUUUUAUUCUAUGAAAUCACCACUGUACAGAACAUAUUCCAUAAACUACCAAAUGCUAUUAUAGAUUUUCAUGUUACGCAAUCUGCAGAUAUUUUUUGCUAUGCACAUUAUUGACAUGUUCCAUGCUCCAGUAAUAAAAAAACAAUCUGAAAACAAUAGUUAUUUUACAUUUACAUUUACAUUAGUGGGUGGCACGGUGGCACA